UGGGUUAAUAAUGUAAAUUAAAAAAAACUCAGCGCUCGUUAAAAAGACAUAUCUAUCUCGCCACAGCCUCCGAUAGUUUUUUUUGCCGGCGGCGGCAUUUUCCGAUUCCUCUCCCUCGCAGCACGGUGUUCAUUUCCAGAUUAAUCGGUGACAACUCACCUUCUAAUCUCCGGUUCUGAAACAAACAACAAAAUCUUAAAUGUCGUAGGCCCGUCCCGAUAUUCCAACUAGGGAACGAAGACUAGCCUCCUGUUCAUACACAUAUGAGUGUUUGCAUAUGAAGAUUCAGUUGUGCCUGUUUGAAGAAUUUGAUACAAUGGAUUCUUCUAUCGCCGUCACCCUCGACAAAGGGAGCAUAUAUUAUGAUAGAGAAUGCUUUGUUUGGUUCGUUGGAUGCUUUGCCGAGUGACAUGUCUUUCUGGCUGAACCUUCCACAAAUAUUUCUUUCACUAGGAAGAACUCGUUUGGAUUAAAAAAGGUUAACUGAAAUGGCAAAAAUGUUAAGAUUGGGAGCUAGAGUUUCCGUCAGCAACAUUCAGGUGCCGGUAACAUCAAGUGUUGUAUCAACCAUCAAGACGGAAGAGUUAAUGAAUGAUCACAUAAAUUCACUAUGUAAAAAUAAUCUCUACAGGGAAGCACUGGAAGCGUUUGACUCUGUGCAGAGGAAUUCAAGCUUCAAGAUAAGGUUAAGAACCUAUGUCUCUUUAAUUUGUGCUUGCUCUUCAUCGAGAUCUCUAGCACAAGGCAGAAAGAUACAUGAUCACAUGUUGAAAUCCAACUGCAAGUAUGAUACUAUUCUUAAUAAUCACAUUCUAAGCAUGUAUGGGAAAUGUGGCUCGCUGAGGGAUGCUAGAGAUGUUUUUGAUUUUAUGCCUGAAAGGAAUUUGGUCUCUUACACAUCUGUGAUUACUGGCUAUUCACAGAACGGUCAGGGAGCUGAGGCAAUCAAAUUGUACUUGAAAAUGCUUCAGGAAGAUUUAGUUCCUGACCAGUUUGCAUUUGGAAGCAUCAUCAAAGCAUGUGCCAGUACUGGUGAUGCUGGGCUAGGGAAGCAACUGCAUGCUCAAGUCAUUAAGCUGGAAUCCAGUUCUCAUCUUAUUGCUCAAAAUGCUCUGAUUGCUAUGUAUGUUCGCUUCAAUCAAAUUUCAGAUGCCAGCAAAGUGUUCUAUGGUAUCCCAAUGAAGGAUUUAAUUUCGUGGAGCUCAAUCAUUGCUGGGUUCUCGCAACUUGGGUAUGAAUUUGAAGCCCUGAGCCACCUAAACGAAAUGUUGUCUUUUGGUGUUUUCCACCCAAAUGAAUAUAUAUUUGGUAGUUCCUUAAAAGCUUGUAGCAGUCUCCUUAGACCAGAUUAUGGUAGCCAAAUACAUGGGUUAUGCAUUAAAGCAGAGUUAGCUGGAAACGCAAUUGUAGGCUGUUCGCUCUGUGACAUGUAUGCGAGGUGCGGUUUCCUGAAUUCUGCAAGGAGAGUAUUUAAUCAGAUAGAAAGACCUGAUACAGCGUCAUGGAAUGUGAUCAUUGCUGGACUUGCAAAUAAUGGAUACGCUAAUGAGGCUGUAUCAGUUUUCUCGCAGAUGAGGAAUUCUGGUUUUAUUCCUGAUGCCAUCUCCUUGCGUUCUUUGCUUUGCGCUCAGACAAAACCAAUGGCUUUGUGUCAAGGCAUGCAAAUUCACUCUUUCAUUAUCAAGUGUGGUUUCCUGGGAGAUCUUUCAGUUUGCAACUCUCUGCUUAGCAUGUACACCUUCUGCUCGGACUUGUAUUGUUGUUUUAACUUAUUUGAAGACUUCAGAAACAACGCAGAUUCUGUUACUUGGAAUGCUAUUCUGACGGCAUGUUUGCAACAUGAACAGCCAGUAGGGAUGUUGAGAUUAUUUAAGCUAAUGCUUGUGUCUGAAUGUGAGCCAGAUUACAUAACCAUGGGUAGUCUAUUGCGGGGUUGUGUGGAAAUCUCAUCUCUAAAAUUGGGAAGUCAAGUCCAUUGCUAUAGUUUGAAAACCGGGUUGGUGCUUGAGCAAUUUAUAAAAAAUGGACUGAUAGAUAUGUAUGCCAAGUGUGGAUCACUGGGGCAAGCGAGAAGGAUUUUUGAUUCAAUGGAUAACGGAGAUGUAGUUUCAUGGAGCACUUUGCUAGUUGGAUACGCACAGUCUGGAUUUGGAGAGGAAACUCUCAUAUUAUUCAGGGAUAUGAAAGCUGCGGGGAUAGAGCCAAAUCACGUAACAUUUGUUGGUGUUCUUAGUGCCUGUAGUCAUGUUGGGCUGGUGGAAGAAGGCUUGAAGUUGUAUGCAAGCAUGCAAACUGAACACGGGAUUUCGCCAACAAAAGAGCACUGCUCUUGCAUAAUCGACUUGCUAGCUCGUGCUGGUCAUUUAAAUGAAGCUGAGAAAUUCAUCGAUGAAAUGAAGUUGGAACCUGAUGUAGUCGUGUGGAAGACUCUACUGUCUGCAUGUAAAACCCAAGGAAAUAUGGAUAUGGCCAAAAAAGCUGCUGAAAAUAUUCUGAAGAUCGAUCCUUUCAACUCUACAGCUCAUGUAAUGCUCUGCAGCAUGCAUGCUUCUUCUGGAAAUUGGGAAGAUGCUGCGUUGUUGAGGAGCUCGAUGAAAAAGCAAGAUGUAAAAAAAAUUCCGGGACAGAGCUGGAUCGAAGUUAAGGAUAAAAUUCAUAUAUUUUUGGCUGAAGAUGUACAUCAUCCAAAGAGGGACGAUAUAUAUACAGUCCUGCAUAACGUCUGGCUGCAGGUGUUAGAUGAGUGUGAUCCGCAACACAAGAAUAGAAUCCAGUUUAUCCAUGAGACCGGAUAAAGAAACAUAUAAGUGAUGUUUAUUUCUCAUCUAAGCGAGCACAGAGAAUGCCAUCACGUCACAUCUGUAAGUUGCAUCUUCUUCCUUCUUGCUCUUGCCAUUGCGUCUCAUCUUGUUUCCGUGCUUAGAUAAAUGCUGUUGACAGAUAUCUUGCACUUUCCUUUUCUCUCAUUUGGAAUCCGCUGCAGUCUGUUGCCAUGUGAUUGAUGCAGCAUACAGAGUGGCCAGCGUGUCUGUUAAUUAAGGCAUUUGAUGAGGAGAACUGGUUACCACAUUGGAAUGCAGCACGCAAUGGGGUUAGGACUUGUGAUGGGAUAUAAAUUCAGUGCUAUAUCUACUUUAAAGAAGGAUACAUCUCAACUAUACCUGAUGAGUUGAAAAUCGAGGAUAUAUGAUUUGAAGAAAGGCCGUGAAGGAAACUAUCUUCUGGGUAUGUCUUGAAUCGCUUCCCCAUCACUGUAAUCUUAUAAAAGAGAACGAUAUUAGCAUGAGUUAGUUCAGUGUAAAAGCUCCAAAACACACAAAGCAGUGACUGUCCAUGCGUCUUAAUUCUGUGUAUGUACAAUUGGGUCUGGCAUUACCUAUAAUUGAUUCGAUGGAUUGUAUGUAUAUAAACAUCAAAUAUGAGUACUCGAGGGAGCAAAUUACAAAUCGAUUUGAAUGAACAUCUAAAGUG